UUUGAAUUUGAGCCAGCCGUUGUAGAGCAACUCGCCGUCAACGCCAGGCACCUGGCCAAUCCGGCACCCAUCAUGACCGAGCGUGGUAGGCGGGUACCGACAGGCGGCACCAGUGGCCGUCCGCCUAAAGCGAUCAAGGGGGCUAACGCUGCGGCCGCCAGAAAUGCAAAGGCUAUGAACAAGCUCCUGGAUGAUAUGGAGAAGAGAGAGGCAGGCGUCGCCGCUGCCGAAACAGCUCUCGCGGCCAAGGAAGAAGAGGUGAAGGCCAUGAAGGCGUCAGUGCCCAGGGAUCGCGAGAAGCUCGCGCGGGACAUCGCGAGGUCGGACUUGCUUCAACAGCAGCGUGAACGGCGAGAGCAGGAUCGUGUCAGCAAGGCUGCUGAAGCGGCGACUUCCAAGCGUCCCCCUCUCGCACUGAUGACGUUUGUCGAGGACUCCGUGCAAUCGCUGAGGCCCAAGACUGGCGAGCUCACCACCCUGCAGCAGUCGCGGAUGAUUCUCAUGCUGUUCUUCGACCUGGUGAAAGGAGGCAGCUCUGAGAACCACGCAAAGCAGCAGGUCGCGAAGACCUUGAGGAUCGGUACGGACAAGGUCCUGGCGGUUCGCACACUCUGGUAUGACAAGCAGGAGUUGUACGAGAUCAACGGGUAGGGGCGAGGCAAGGCCACCAGCGUCGACGACGGGCGACCUGUCAUCACCAAGGAGCAAGAGGAUGGACUGAACGA